AUGGUGUUAGUAAAAUUUAUAUUCCUUUAUUCAAUUUUCUCUUUCACAUUUACUACAUGUUUUCAUCAAAUUCAGCCAAAGUGUCAUCAAUAUGAAAGCCAAGCUUUGUUGCAAUUAAAGCAAGGCUUUGUCAUUAAUAACUUAGCCUCAGCAAAUCUUCUAAGUUAUCCGAAAACAGCUUCAUGGAAUUCCAGCACAGAUUGCUGCUCAUGGGAUGGCAUUAAAUGCCACGAGCACACUGAUCAUGUGAUCCAUAUUGAUCUAAGUAGCAGCCAACUCUAUGGUACAAUGGAUGCAAAUAGCAGUCUCUUUCGCCUUGUACACCUUCGAUUACUUGAUCUUUUUGACAACGACUUCAAUUACUCUCAAAUCCCGUCCAAGAUAGGUGAGCUUUCACAACUAAAAUAUCUAAACCUUUCUAUUAGCUUAUUUUCAGGAGAAAUUCCACAACAAUUUUCACAGUUGUCCAAGUUGUUGUCUCUUGAUCUAGGUUUCAGAGCUAUAGUACGUCCUAAAGGUAGUACAUCCAAUUUGUUGCAACUCAAAUUGUCUAGUCUCAGAAGCAUAAUUCAAAACUCAACAAAAAUUGAGAUCCUUUUUCUUAGUUAUGUGACUAUUUCAUCUACUUUACCAGACACACUCACAAAUCUAACUUCGUUGAAAGCACUGUCUCUAUACAAUUCUGAAUUGUAUGGAGAGUUUCCAGUUGGAGUAUUUCAUCUUCCAAACUUGGAACUUCUGGAUUUGGGAUAUAAUUCAAAUCUCAAUGGUAGUUUGCCUGAGUUUCAAUCUAGUUCACUCACCUAUUUACUACUUGGCCAGACAGGUUUCUAUGGUACACUGCCAGUAUCCAUUGGAAAGUUUAGUUCUUUAGUUAUUCUAUCAAUUCCAGAUUGCCAUUUUUUUGGAUAUAUUCCUUCUUCUCUUGGUAACCUCACACAGCUCAUCAGGAUAUACCUUAGAAAUAACAAAUUUAGGGGCGACCCUUCUGCAUCCUUGAUGAAUCUUACCAAACUAACUGUCUUGGAAGUUAGUUCGAAUAAAUUUACUAUCGAAACCUUCUCAUGGGUAGGUAAGCUCUCAUCAUUAAAUGUCUUGGAAAUAUCCUCAGUCAAUAUUGGCAGUGACAUCCCAUUACCUUUUGCAAAUCUCACCCAACUAGAAGUAUUAAGUGCAGCAAAUAGCAAUAUGAAGGGUGAAAUUCCAUCUUGGAUAAUGAACCUAACAAAUUUAGUCAUUUUGAACCUACCUCAUAAUUCUUUGCAUGGAAAGCAAGAGCUUGACAUGUUUCUGAAGCUCAAAAAGCUAGUUGUUCUGAAUUUAGCAUUCAACAAACUGUCAUUGUACAGUGGGAAAAGUUCUACCCCUUUUGACUGGUUCUCAAUUUCAAGUCUUAGAAUUGGAUUCAUGCAAUUUAGUUGA